CAAGUCUGUAGCCUGUUUACCCACCUAGGAUUCAAGAGGAAUCUACAUAUGUGUAUAUAAAUGGAUUCAUCGGAGUCGAGCCAGAAAUUAAGAAAAAAAGUCUAUCGGUGCGCAGUUUUGGAGGCUUGGUGGUGAUGUGAGGGGCUGAUAACACAUUUCAGCAACAAAAGCGAGGGGCAGAGAGAGAGAAGGCCCUUUGGAGGAGAAAACAGCAAGGAACAGCCAUCACAUAUAAGGAGGACAAAUCGGAGGGGGGAUACUGGAUCAUUUCGGAUUUGGAGGUGGCGAGGGAUCAAGACGAAAAGACAACCGCAGUGAGUUUGGGGCUGAUUUGAUGCAGAGAAUGAAAAAGAGCCGGGUGACGACGGAAGAAGCGAGAAUGCCACACAUGUAGCUUGUUUGGGUGUAAAUAUUAUUUUCCUUACAGCUGUCCUGCUGGGUCCCCGACGAAGACAGCCGUCGGGGAGACAGAAAAUAGAUAUAGAGUCUAAGUAUACACCCAUGGAAAUGUUUGUCAUGAAAAGCGACGUGGUAACGAGCAGCGCUACAGCACAGGCGAGCUUUGCGGACACGCCGAGUUCGGCUCCUUGUCACGGGCAGCUGUGAGACGCAAGACCCGGGCUUUUGGAGAUGCAAAUUAGGCUGUUUUUUCUGCCUCCGUUUGAGGUGAACCGCCGUUUUUGGGUCUUAUAGCGGACAUUGUGGAUUACAAGUCUUUAUCUUACACGGCUGAAGGGGGGGGGGAAGAGUUUGGAAAAACGAAACACAAACUACUGCAUAUAAAAGGGAAAAGCCCGAGCCGGAUUCAGCAAACUGAGAAGGCGGCCUCCGUGUCGUCAGCAACAGUAUCCUGCCCUUUCUCUGACAGCAAAAUACGCGUUACGGACUCUAAAUCUCUACACAGGGGCGCCACGGACCUUAAACGGUGUAAAUGUGGGUAACGUUGCUGCCAAAUCCGCGGGUCAAACGAGGCAUCUAGACUAGUUUAUCUGAUUUAUUUUUCUUUCUACAUUACCCCCCCACCUUCCCUUCCCCCUCCACUACCACCUCCUCCUCCUCUACUUCUUCUUCCACCACCUCUUCCUCCUCCCCUGGACCCCCUUUUUUCUUUUUUCUUGCGGGAAGAUGGGUUGUUUGGGCAACAGUAAGACCGAAGACCAGAGAAAUGAGGAGAAGGCUCAAAGAGAAGCAAACAAAAAGAUAGAGAAGCAGCUCCAAAAGGACAAACAGAUCUACAGAGCAACACACAGACUACUACUUCUAGGAGCUGGAGAGUCGGGAAAGAGCACCAUAGUGAAACAGAUGAGGAUCCUACAUGUCAACGGCUUCAAUGCAGAAGAGAAGAAGCAGAAAAUCCAGGACAUUAAGAAUAAUAUUAAAGAGGCUAUCGAGACCAUAGUAACAGCUAUGAGUACCCUAACCCCACCUGUCCAGUUGGCAUGUCCUGAAAACCAGUGCCGGAUUGAAUACAUCCUCAACUUUGUCAAUCAGAAGGACUUUGAUUUUCCAUCUGAGUUUUACGAUCACGCAAAGACACUGUGGCAAGACGAAGGUGUCCGGGCUUGCUAUGAGAGAUCCAAUGAGUACCAGCUAAUCGACUGUGCACAGUACUUUCUAGACAAGAUCGACAUUGUGAAACAGAGUGACUACACUCCAACAGAUCAGGAUUUGCUGAGGUGCAGAGUACUGACUUCAGGGAUCUUUGAGACGAGAUUCCAAGUGGACAAAGUUAAUUUCCAUAUGUUUGAUGUUGGCGGUCAAAGGGAUGAGCGCAGGAAAUGGAUUCAGUGCUUUAAUGACGUAACAGCCAUCAUCUUUGUGGUGGCCAGUAGCAGUUACAACAUGGUGAUCCGAGAGGACAAUCAGACCAACCGUUUACAGGAGGCCCUCAACCUCUUCAAGAAUAUCUGGAACAACAGGUGGCUGCGGACCAUUUCUGUCAUCUUGUUCCUAAAUAAACAGGACCUGCUUGCAGAGAAGGUGUUGGCAGGGAAGUCCAAAAUCGAAGAAUACUUCCCAGAAUUUGCUCGCUACACCACACCUGAUGAUGCGACGCCAGAACCUGGAGAAGAUCCGCGUGUUACAAGGGCAAAGUACUUCAUCAGAGAUGAGUUCCUGAGGAUCAGCACAGCAAGUGGAGAUGGAAGGCACUACUGUUACCCCCAUUUCACCUGCGCCGUCGACACAGAGAACAUCCGCCGCGUCUUUAAUGACUGUCGAGACAUCAUCCAGCGGAUGCACCUGCGGCAGUACGAGCUGUUGUGAUGGGAGAGGAAAGGUGUUAGGCCAAAAAGAUAAAACCAGAUCGGACUAUGGAAGACGAAAAAGAAAUCCCUGAACCUGCGUCUCUGAACUCUUCUGCAGAAGUAUGAGAGCUCUUGUGACACAACAGGGGCCAAAACACACACGCACUUAUAGUAAACACGCCGUGAACCCAGAAAUUCCCCUGAUGCAAACUCUCUACCUGAUGCAGAAUUUUUGACGGAUGGGUUUGAGGGGCUUACACGUAAAACAGACUUCAGUCUUGACUUUCAGCCAUACUCCCAGCUCCUCACCUUUCGACAUCAUGUUAUCGUCACGUUACCUUCACCUUCCUAAAAACAGAAAAAAAGUGGCCCAGUCCGGACUGAGUUUCCUGCAGCGAGGGUUGGAGCUGCAGCUUGAGUUUUGUUCGUUUUGGGGGUUUUUUUGGGGGGGGGGGUUUUUCUCCCCUGAUUGGGCUGAAAACUAAGAGCUACUACUUCAGUGCAAUUGGGAAAGAGAUGAAUUACUGCAAAUGGAGAAUGAAUAUAUCACAGCAGAUCAACUGAACACUGUAUUUAAGAGACAAAAAACAAAAAAACAAGCACUGUGCUCAGGACUUUGACUCAAACCAUGUACACCAAACCUUCCUUUCACUUAGAGACAUCUUUAAAUCCAGUGGCUCUGCUUGCGCGCACACACAACAUAUCUCACCUGCUUUUUACUGGACUGCACAACAGGGGGUCAAUCUGGCAACGCACGUACCUGCUCGCAUUUCGUUGAGAUGCCGGCUAUUUAUCUGGGUCGGUGCUUUUUGAGAUUAAACGGGCAAAGCUCAGCCGAGCCCAGAGGAGCAGCGUUACCACAGACUUAACCAGACCACGGGUGUGUUGGUGAGACUUCACUCGAGCAGGUGUUCACUAAAACGGGAUGGGAGCCAACUGCGAUUUGAGUUUCUCUGAUGGGAGGUGUCGGCUGUGAUUGACCGGGGCGCCAGCGGCUUCUCUACAGAACUGUUUAGCCAACUGACUUUGUCUUGUUGGUAUCGGAGCAUCACGUGAGGCGGAUAUAUUGAGUUUAAAACAAAAAGAACCAGAAAUGCCAACUUCUAUGGGACUUUCAAUAGAGGGCGACAGGCAUCCUUCAACAGUACAGUACCAUAUAAGUUAAAGAGAACUCUCAUCCUGUUAUACAGUCUCCACAGCUGUUUUUCUCUGUGUAGACUUUUGUGCCAUUGUGCCCUGUGCGCUCUUUCUUUAUCUCAACUCUUUGUCAUCCUUUUGUCACCGGUUCUCUACACGUUCUCCAUCUUUCGCCCACCCUCUUCACCGCCACCUUUUCCAUUUGCACUUUUACCUUCCUGGCAGUGGUCUUUCAUUUUAAAGAGAAAAUAAGAUAUAUUAAUCUUGGAAUAUUAAAAACACAACAAAAUGGGACUUUAUUUUUUUUUCUGCUCCCACCUGUGUGCUUGCACCUCCCUGCCAUUCCUCCCUCCACCAUUCCUCCUCUCCUUCCUUGUAUGUCUGUCUUUACUUUACUGCUGAACUAUUAUUCUUGUACAGACUGUAAAAUGUAUUAUUUUGUACAACUUUAUUGAGGAAAACUUUUAGAAGAUCCCUGUGCCUUGAUCACGACUGUACGUGUGUAAUGAGCUAAAGUGGGUGUCAUACUGCGCUGUAUAGCUUGGCCAAUCCUCUCCCUGCCUCCCUUGCUCUUACCUUCUCUCCCUUUAUCCCCACCUCUCUCUUUCUCAGUCCAUUUCUUUCUCCUCUCCUCUCCUUGGAGAUGGUGGAUGACCAUUUGUAGCUUUAGUAGAGUUUUGUUUUUUGGGGUGGGUGGUUUUUUUUUUUUGGUUUUUUUUUUUUUUCACCCUUUUCCUUCCAGCCCAUCUUUAUGAUUUA